AUGUCAAAUCCGACCGCUGAGGGAGAUGCCCCCGUCGAUCCUCUUUUGGGGGGCGACAAUGGCGAUGACGGCCCACGGGUCAAGACUUGCACGCAUUGCCGCCUCGAGAAACCCACCGAUCAAUUCCUGAAUAAGAAGGAUCCUUCCAAGUUUACAGGAAAGUGCCUGGAGUGCCGUGACCGGCAGGAGCAGAUGCGUCGCGGUGGCAGUCUUUCGGGUCUGCUUCAGACAAUACGUCCCUCUUCAGGCCAGAAGCGUGACAUCAGCUCAGUUCAAGCACCUGAGUCACAGGAGCCGCGUGUUUUUACGCCUGCUACGUUGGUGCCGAGGCCAGAGCGAAGCGUCUCGAGCGUGCCACGCACUUUUGCGAGACCAGAGCGAAACGUGUCGAGCGUGCCAAGCACUCUCCCAAGGCCUGUCCGGACACCAAGCAUGUUUGCGCGCGUUGCAGAGUCAUCGAGGCAGUAUUUCCGACGGAGAGAUGAGCCUUCGCAGACGCCGGCAGCGUCUGUGGCUGAUGAGGCUCAAGCCGGCGCGGGGCCGAUCUCGCCGCUGCCUGAAGACUCGGUGGCGUCGUCAUCGUCGCCUUCGAGGGAAGCGUUUCUUCGAUUUCAGCGGAUUCGAAACGAGCACGCUAUGCCAGCGUCUCCGAUUGGCGCGUCGGGAUAG